AUGAAAAGUGGAUUUGGAUUUCUCGAUGAAGCCAGAUCUGGAUUCCUUUCACAUAUCAUCGCUAAUCAUCUUGUCGCCAACCUAGACACUCCAAGACCUCACCUUGUUGGAAUUCUUCGUCGGUUGGAACUGGAGGGUGGGAACCGCGGAGGGAUCGGCCAUUACUCGCGAUUUCCAUUGGGUAUCCUUCUGGGUGGUGAAAGAGGAGCUCACCGAGAUCUCCGAGUUCUCUUCCAUGGAGGCAUGCGAGUUCAAGAACCCCAUUGGGACAUCUUCAACGUUUGUCCCGAAGGGGUUCUAGAGCCAUGA